CUUUGGAACAAUAAAGCACAACUGUAUGGCGCGGAGUUGGGACAAUGCAAAAGCGAUUCAACCACGCAGCUCCGGGACAUUAAGGCCACUGUAUGUGUAACUUCUGGGACAAGCAGUAUAUUCAGCCCGGUGAAAGCCCUAACAAAAUAUGACGCUCGCUGCUCUAAUCAAUGUCGGGGCUAGUGGCCCGCAGUCAACAAAGCCGAAUACGCCUCCCUAGAGAAAAUUUUCCUGACAUCCCAAAUUCUCCCAAGUCACAUCGAGAAAAUGGAGAACUAUCAAGAUACCAUCUCCACGCUCCAGAAAGCAAUAGAGCAAGCAACAACAGUCCUCUCCCGAGCUUCAGGAGCGGAAGCAGCCCUUCAACAACGUGUACGAGCGCUUGAAGAUGAAUUGAGGAAGGCGAAGGAACAACAGAGCAAGGCGGCCAAAGAGAUCAACGCUCUCAAAGACGAUAAUGCCGAACUAAAAGACGACAUCCGAGAAGCCCACACCGAAAUCAAACUACUCUCUCAAGACCAGGAGCUACUUCAAAAAGAGCUCGACCUCGAAAGAAGUUCCAACAAGCGAUUACAAAAUGAACUGAGGGAAUUCGAAAACAACCGUCCAGAAGACUUUCAGCAUCUGGACGAGAUCCUCGGCACGCUCGAUGAGAAGCGGAAGCAAUGUAAACAACUCGAGAAGCAGCUUCAGGUCACGAAAUUGACCGAACAACAGCUUGAACAUAGCAAGGCGACAAUAGAGAAGCUCACAGGUCGGAUCUGGGGGCUCAAAGAUGAACGGGAUCUGAAGGAACCGCUGGUCCAAACAGCAGUUGCUACUCGCUCCCGUUUCAUGUUACAGGCCAGAGAGAAGCUUUCUCGGGAUCUGGGUGAAGACCUUGACACUGAGUACGUCAAACUUGGUGAUUCAGCAGCUCACAGAGGAGAUGGAUUGGCUGAUGAAGCUCUUCUGCUUGCUGGAUUCCUGGACAGUGAACGAUGGGCCAGCAUAUUUGAGGAGCUCUACGGGACAAAGCUUGGAGAGUUUGCGGAUGUUCCUCGUGGUCUCCGAAGAGCGAAGGAUUGCGAGGUAACAAUUAGAGUCGUCCAGUCUGUCAGAGGGGCACGUCCAUCUUUCCAAGUACGAUCCGAGGCGGGGGGCACGAUAUUGGCAAUCACGAAGGAGUACGAAAAGGAUGGCGAUGGCGCAGAAAGUAGCUCGAUUGUCCAAAACUCGAUUCAGAGAGUAGAGCAGUUGACGGAGGAGAUUGUCGAAAGCGCGCGCGGUAGGCUUGCUGAUCGGAUCUUCUCUGAACCCAUUGAGAAAUCUUGAUGCGCCGGAAGUAUCUGGGGGAUCGUGGAAGGUUUGGAAUCCAUUGCUCUGGAAGCAUUGGGAACGUUGAACGUGGAAGAUUAAGACCUUGGUUCUCUGCUUGGGCAUCUGUCGGUUGACCUGGCACCAGCAGCGUCUCUAGAUCUGACCGCAGUUGGGAUUGUCUUGUAGGAAUACGAUACAAUGGCUUCAUGUCUCCGGUUUAGAAGCUUCAAUGGAUGGAAAGCCCCCGGACAAUGACUGAAAUUG